GGGAAGUAUUUGGUAAAGGCAAGUGUUUCUUUAGGGCAUCCAACUUUUGUAUAUACUCGUUCUCUUAAUUCACAAACUUCUUCUUCAAAGAUACAACUUUGCAAGGAGUUCAACCACAUUGGAGUUACCAUUGUCCAACUAUGCUAAACUAUGAAGAAGAUAUUGCCAUGUACUCCAUUAAAGUAGCAAAUGAUCCAAGAACAUGUAAUCGUGUUGUUAUUUAUCGACCCUCUAAGAACAUUGUAUCUCAAAAUGAUUUGAUAUCACUGUGGGAGCAGAAAACUGGAAAUAAGUUUAUCAAAGAUUUUGUAUCUGAGGAAGAGAUUAUCAAUCUAUCACAGACUUUACCUUCUCCAGAGAAUAUUCCAGUUUCCAUUCUCCAUAGUGUGUUUGUCAGAGGAUAUCUCAUGAACUUUAAGUUAGGAAAAGAUGAUCUUGAAGCUUCAGAAUUAUAUCCUGAUUACAACUAUACCUCCAUUGAUCAACUUCUUGAUAUUUUUCUUCUUCAUCCUUUGCCUCCUGCAUCUGCUGCUUUUGAAUAAACAUAUUUUAUACUACUUUUCUACUGUGCCUUGGAAUUCAGAAUCAAUCUAUUUAUGUAUUCAAAUAUAAGAUUGUUUACAAUAA